AGGCAGGAGAUAUACUCUGAUUGGGGUGGGUGGAUACACUCUGAUUGGGUGGGUCUAUACACUUUAUAAGACAUUAGUUCAUUAGGGGACAUCAAAAAUCAUCCUCUCUCCAAGUAAAGAGAAUUGGCAAGAUGUUUGUGCACAGUCUGGUGCUUCUGUCCAUGCUCAUUACUGUGACAUUCUCUGCUGGAGACGAUCCUUGUUCCCUUACUCAAAAGAAACAAAAGAUUCUCAAUCUCCUGGCAAGUUGGGAAGAUUGCACAUCAUGUUGCAAAAAUGACAACAAAGAGUCCAGUAAAAUUUACAGGAGCUGCAGGGAAAUUAAGGAAUACAACAGUAAUGCUGAAGAUGGAAUCUACACACUGAGAACUGAAGGUGGAAUCUACUACCAGACUUUCUGUGACAUGACAACAAAUGGUGGAGGAUGGACCUUGGUGGCCAGUGUCCAUGAGAACAAUAUGUUUGGCAAGUGCACCAUUGGGGAUCGAUGGACCUCUGAACAGGGAAGCAAUCCCAACAACCCAGAUGGAGAUGGCAACUGGGAGAACUAUGCCACAUUUGGGAAACCUGAUGGAGCUACCAGUGAUGACUACAAGAAUCCAGGCUAUUAUGAUAUCAUUUCCAGUGAUUUGGGUUUGUGGCACGUGCCUAACAACACUCCAUUUUCCCACUGGAGUAAGAACGCGCUGCUAAGGUAUCGCACACAAAAUGGCUUUUUUUCUAAUGAAGGUGGAAAUCUCUUCUAUCUGUACAAGAAAUAUCCAUUAAAGUUUGGACUUGGAACCUGCCCGCAAGACCAUGGACCUGCUGUGCCUGUUGUGUAUGAUUUGGGAAAUCCUUACAAAACCGCCAAUUACUACUCUCCAAAUGCCAGAGGGCAGUUUAUUGCUGGAUUUGUUCACUUCCGAGUGUUUAAUAACGAAAAAGCAGCACUUGCUCUCUGCGCAGGAGUCAAGGUGACUGGCUGUGAUACAGAGCAUUCCUGCAUAGGAGGAGUGGGCUACUUUCCUGAAGCAAAUCCUAGACAGUGCGGAGACUUCGCAGGCUUUGACUGGGAUGGUUAUGGGGCACAUAAAAGCUGGAGCUGUAGCAAAGAAAUUACAGAGGCUGCCGUACUGCUCUUUUACCGCUGAUUUAUCUGCGAGACAUCCUCUAAUAGUUCUAAAAUAAAAGGGUACAUUAAGUGAAAAAUAAAAGUUAAUUUUUUUUUGCA